AAUCAACUACAUCGGCCUUUGCAUGCUGCGGGAUACUACCUUAACCCUCAAUUUCAUUACAGUCCUAAUUUUAAAGCUGACUUUGAAGUGAAAAGAGGAAUAUAUGAUUGUCUACAAAGGAUGGUUGAAAGUAUGGAAGAAGUAAAGAAGAUUGAUGCUCAACUGGAAGACUUCAAAUAUCGAAAGAAAUUCUUUGGUAGUGCAGUAGCCACUUAUGGAAUUGAAACCAAAACUCCAGCACAAUGGUGGGAAUCAUAUGGUUAUGAACAUCCUGAGUUGCAAAAGUUUGCUAUUCGUGUUUUGAGCUUGACAUGCAGCUCAUCUGGCUGUGAGAGGAAUUGGAGUGCAUUUGAGAUGGUCCACACUAAGAGAAGAAAUCGUUUGAAGGCAAAAACGAUGAAUGACGUAGUCUUUGUGAUGGCUAAUUCAAAAUUAGCCAAGAAGAAGGAAUUGAGGAAAGUCAAUGACUAUAGCAUUGAUGACCUAGCUUCUGAUGAUGAUUGGAUUGUGGAUGAUAGUGAAAAUUUAGAUUUGGAUGCUUCAAAUGAAGAUUUGGUUCCAGUUGAAGAAGGACCUAGUAGUGGAGCACCUCAUGAUGAUUUGGAGCUGCCUAGUUAUGAUGAUGAUGAAGUUGAAGAAGGUGGAGAUGCCAUGGAGGAUGCUGGAGAUGAAGAACACAUGGAGGAUGAUUAUGAAUUCAUGAAUUUAUGAAGCUUAGAACUUGACUAUUAUUUUUCAUGUUGUAGACUUAUAUGUUAUCUAAAAUUUGUGACUUAUGACUUAUUUUAUGUGUGGAUUGUAGAAGACCUUAUAAAUGUUUAGUUUAAUCAAAUGUUUAAUGUGUUUUUGAGGUUAUUAAUCUUAUCUAUGUUAUUUUCUAUGAGUAUAUAUAUGUUUAUAU